GGGGGGGUAAGGAACAUUUGGGGAGGCGCUGGAGCGUGUGCAUGGAGAGAUGAUGGGACCAAGACCGAGACCGAAACCGAAACCCAGGAAUUUAUCAAUUCCUGGCAAGAGCCCCUGCAGCAAAUUUUGCUUAUGAAAGGGUGAUGAAUCGAGGGAACUCGCGAGGUGGUGGAAGAGGAGGCUGGUGGUGGUGGAGCUCCUGUGGCAGAGCUCCAAUGGCGUUGACGAGGUGAAGGGGGAUCGAGUUUCCCGGAAAAGUAUGAGAGAGUACUAAAGAUGUCGCAGAGAUGAGAAACGAGACCAAACACAGUAAACAGCGCGAUGUUUCAUUUGUGGAGGACGUGAGAGGAGGUUUCACCAAGGAGUAGGAAGGAGCGGGGAAAGAUGGUGGUAAUCAUCUUGAUUUGACGAGAUUGUGGGUCCGAGGCUAGUUUGGAGGCGGUGGCCAUUACCAGCCGCGACCGGAAGGUUCACGCUUUGGACGGCACGCCUUGUAUUUCCACCGAAUUUUGCGUGGAGUCUCGGCACGGAAUGAUGCGGAAAUUUCGGGGCGGGAAAUCACAGUUUUUUCGGGGGCUAGUGCUUUAGAGAGUCUCGGGGUGUGCGUUAUGGUUUGAGGAAGGCAUUGUAGGACGUGUGUGCCCUGCCUCAGACACAUUGCACGGCGUCUCACUGCCCCUCGGCCUCUUGCGCCGCCACUAUUGCAGGUACAAAGCUGUGGGACGGACUCGGACAUCGUGCACUCGUUUGUAGUCGGUUAUUGAUGAUUGCUUAGAGGAUAUGCAGAUGAGUGGAACACAUUCCGCAGCUUCCUGCCAGGUAAAUUGCACGUGAUCGCAUUGCAAGCAAAUCCGGAUAGGCAUGUUGGUACCCGCGAUUCAAUUUUGGACACUGAUCUACAAUGCUCUUGGUUUUAUGGGUGUUUAGAGGAGAGGACACAGAUCUUGAUCGAAGGCGGUGACCUCGAAGGUGUCUCUAGUCUUUUCUAUCGGGUCGACUGGCUCGUGUUAUGCUCUGGGUUGAUGUGAAUGAAUAAUGUCUAUGCAUGGAAGGCACGGAGAGAUGGAAGCAGCUUUUGUCAUCUACUAGACCAAGCAUCUACCCACAUUGACUCAAAGUUAGUCGUAUACGAAUCUCAUGCUUGAUGCAUGUGUUAGUUCCUGGUAGAGCCCGUUAUUCGCUAGCUAUUCGCACCCAUAAAUUCCGGCCGUGUUGAACUUUAGUUUCAACUUCAACACAUUAGCAACAGAUUGGCAUCAGCAAUUUGAACUCUCCCCGCGGGAAGAUGCCGCCGAAGUUUGAAUUUGCGGAAUUGUUCGGUAAAGAGCCAAAGCGGGGUGCGCCGGUGGUAUUGAAGAUGGACAAUCCUAACUUCGAGAUGCUGGAGGUCGACAGUCCCACAACUGCUCUACGCGGUGGACAAGCAGCCAAAGGGAAGGGUAAAAAUGCGAAGCAGCUAACUUGGGUGUUGCUUCUCAAAGCCAACAAAGCCGUGGGAUGCCUGACUUGGGUAGCAUCCGGUGUUAUGACAUUGUUGGACGCCGUGAAAGAGCGCCUCAUUCUCCGUAAAGGAGUUGUCAAAUCUGGUAACCUUUCCAAGGGAAAACUAUCUCAGGUUAUCGUAGGCUUCUUGAUCUUUGCAUUGAUCAUGUUGUGCGUAGAAGUGGGAGCACACACCUUAGGAUGGCAAUUCUCCGUGCCGCAGUGGCCGUCUACUCUCAACGUUUCUAGCCUACCGCAUGCUGUAUUCAUGGGGUGGAUGUACAUUCGCGCUUCAUACAUUGCGCCGGCGCUCCAGAGGGUAACAGACUUCUGCAUAUGGUUGUUUCUUCUCCAAUCCCUGGAUCGGAUCAUCUUGUGCAUGGGGGCUGUGUAUAUCAAGUGGAAGAAGAUUAAGCCAAUACCAAAGAACCCCUCUCUCGAGUCAGACAAUGUCGAGGAACCGGACAAGGGCCACCCGAUGUGCUUAGUGCAGAUCCCUAUGUGCAACGAGCGUGAGUGUUACGAGCAGUCGAUUUCAGCAGUUUGUCAGCUUGAUUGGCCGAAGGAGCGGAUUUUGAUCCAGGUGUUGGACGAUUCAUCUGACGAGGAGGUUCAAUGGCUUAUUGAAAAUGAGGUAAAGAAAUGGAAAGCGAAAGGGAUUAACAUAAUCUACAGGCACCGGACUGACCGCACGGGUUACAAGGCCGGAAACAUGAAAUCAGCUAUGGAGUGCGACUACGUGAAGGAUUAUGAGUUUGUGACCAUCUUUGACGCUGACUUUCAACCUAAAUCAGACUUCCUUAAACUUACAAUCCCUCACUUCAAGGACAAUCCCGAGCUGGGGCUCGUGCAGGCCCGAUGGGCUUUCGUGAACAAGGAUGAGAACCUGCUUACACGCCUCCAGAACAUCAACUUGUCUUUUCACUUCGAGGUUGAGCAGCAAGUAAAUGGUGUUUUUCUCAAUUUUUUUGGCUUCAAUGGCACCGCGGGCGUUUGGCGAAUUAAAGCACUCGAGGAGUCUGGUGGCUGGUUAGACAGAACUACUGUGGAGGACAUGGAUAUCGCUGUUAGGGCUCAUCUCCACGGCUGGAAGUUUAUCUUUCUCAACGAUGUCCGAUCUUUGUGCGAGCUUCCAGAGUCAUACGAAGCAUACCGCAAGCAGCAACAUCGGUGGCAUUCUGGCCCCAUGCAGCUUUUCCGUCUAGCCUUGCCAGACAUCAUUAAGGCGAAGAUAUCCUGGUCGAAGAAAUUCAAUAUGAUCUUCCUCUUCUUCCUGUUGAGAAAGCUCAUUCUACCGUUCUAUUCCUUCACACUGUUUUGUAUCAUCCUACCUAUGACCAUGUUCGUUCCUGAAGCAACUCUACCAGCCUGGGUUGUGUGCUACAUUCCAGCACUCAUGUCGCUCUUGAACGUUAUUCCAUCACCGAAGUCCUUUCCUUUCCUUGUUCCUUUCCUACUGUUCGAGAACACCAUGUCCGUCACCAAGUUCAACGCCAUGAUCUCCGGUCUUUUCCAACUACGUAGUUCACAUGAAUGGGUUGUCACUAAGAAAUCAGGGUCCAAAGGAUUAGCAGACAUGCCGCCAUCGGCAACAGAGGCAGAACUUUUGAUCGAAGUGAAAGAAGUUAAGACUGCGCCUGUUCUCCUGGACCGAGGGGCAUCUGAGUCUGGUAUAGACCAGUUGAAGCAACAAGCUGAAUCAAGUGCACCAGCGCCUGUACCAAAGAAGAAGGGAAGUCGUCUGUAUCGUAAGGAGCUCACAUUGUCUUUCCUGCUUUUGACUGCUGCGGGCAGGAGUUUGCUCUCAGCGCAGGGAAUCCACUUCUACUUUCUCCUAUUUCAAGGUAUCUCGUUUUUAGUGGUCGGUUUGGAUCUCAUCGGAGAGCCAACGGGUUGAUUCUGGGCAUUGCAAGAAAGGAUUCGAUUUCUGCAAGUCUAUCGAACCUGCUACCUGCGAGAUGAAUCCGGCUUGACGACAUCCAGGAAUCCUUAACAACCAACAUUAUCAGGAGUAAUACACAGCUUUUUUACACUGAAGCCUUCCGUAGAGAAGGAUACGAUGCCGAGGAAAGCUUUCCGCCCUGUCGACUGGUUGGGGCGAUUGGUUUUCAAGCCGCUUCAUGUAUACCCGGGUAUUGGCAGGCUUUCAGCUAGAAGGCAGUGGAGUGGACCAUGAGAGGUUGUUGAACUUCUAAUAGAAGCCGAGCACCCCAUAUUAAUCCGUAAUUUCUAGCUGAAGCACAAGGUCGAAGGACUUGAGUUGUGAAGCAUAGCGCUUGCCAAUACUGUUCUUGAUCACGACAGGUUUUUCAACCUGAAAUCUUUUGAAUUCAUCACGUUAUUCUUUUAGCCUGUAGCUCCAUGUUAGUCGAUCCUGAAGCUUGUAUUGUAGGCUUCUCUUUCUGCAGAUCAAUCAUUGAUUCUCAGUGCCCAUUCCAACGCACUGGUGGCGUGACUCCGAAACUGGGUCACAAUCGUCAUCUGAGUAACUAUCUUUGCCAUAAAAUGCGGGUUCCGUUUUUUUCCCUUUCCUCUCGCCCACAUCAGCUGUAAUUAAAUCCUCAUAGACGGUAUCUUAUAAAUAUCUUCAAGUCCCAUUUGGGUGGUUUCUUCAUGGAU